AAGUCGAGCUGUGUUCACGGAGCGCACGGAAGUUUGAUGCAAAAUGUUCAGUUUUCCUUCUUUAUUUUGUCAGUUUUAGUUACAUACGAUAUAUUUAAACAUCCAACGAGCUGGAGGUACAUAGAGGAUGGAUAAAGAAAAGUGAAAGCUGUGUUUUUAGACGCUAGCGUGCGCUUCCUGGCGGGUAACUUGAAUCAUUUCCAUGAUAAGAGUCUUGAAUCUUCAUUAAUAUAGCGUUAUACUGACUGAAUGAACACUUACUGUACUUAAAUACUGAGCAUGUCUCUUCUUCAGGCUGUUGAUGAAGCCAUCAAGAUGUGCAAAGCUGAAGAAUCGAGACUCACUGAAAACAUCCGACAGUGCAAGGAGAUUUUACACUCAAUGAGAACGCGUGUGACAGAAACUGCAGCAGCCGUCGGUACUAAAGAUGCAGAUAUUCAGCCUGAAGAAAAGCAAGAAAUUGAAUUGUUGGAGCAGGUUUUAAAAAAAGCACUGAAAAUCCGCAGCACAUCUGAGGUUCAUAAAGAACGACAACCUAAUGAGAGAAAAAAUAAAGCACUCGUUAAUCAUACUGGUAAAGAGGAAGAUAAAAGAAAGCUGGUGAAAUCUGUCCCUCUCUCGGAGACGUCUAAAAAAGCCAUUGAUCGGAGACGGGCCGGAGGGAAUGUGACCCACGGGGUCCCCUGGACGCGGCCGGUUCUGGUCCGGAAGGGACCGACUGCUCAUCCGGUGGUCAACGGAAGACCGUCAGUCUCAAAGAGCGCUCAGGCGAGGAUCUCUUCCACACGACCCCAGCAGAAGAUGUGUGUCAAAGCCACAGAUGCUGAAGAGCCGUCUGAAGAUAAUUCCCCGUCAGUCUCCAGCCAAGAAGUGCCAGCAUACGGUGAAGACGGGGAAGUCACAGCAGGAAGUGUGCGCUCUGAGGAGCAAUGGAUACAAUCUCCUCUGUUACCAGCUUGGCGAGCACAGAGGACAAAACAGAAGCGAUUGUGGAGGAAGGUGUUAACGCAGCAAUCAAAGCCAGUACCAGAGAGAACCAAAUUCACAGAGAGACUGCGAGACACUUUCCCGUCCGAACUGCCUACUGUAUGUCCUGCUGAUAUCACAAGAGAGCUGGACGUGCUUACACAGCGCUGUCUUGACCUGACGCACUGCUUCAACGCUGAGCUGCAGGCCCAGAAGCACUCAGAUUCAGGGACCUUGCGUGAGAGAGAAUAUGAGUCCUUCCGGAUGCUGGAGGGUUUGGAGAGGAUGACGGCAGAAGUUAUUACAUGUGCUGAUCAACGGAAGAAAGACUGGGAGAGCUGGGAUAUGAGGAUCUCUGGAGGCUUGUGUCCCGUCCGGAGGAGAAGUGAAUGGGGCGCCCCGGCCGGUUCCUGUCUGCCCCCCGUCCUGUCGUACAGCAGUGGGGCUGAACUGAGAGAGCUGGAGAGCCAAAGGCUCCGAGUAGAGCAGCUUCAGCAGGCCGUUCAUCUUCAGCAGGCGAUGACCGAUAGCCUUGCGUCGUACUGGAGCUCUCGUCCCGGAGCGGAUGGACCCAGUGCUGUGGUUCUGCGGGGCUUGUACUCGCUGCUGGCCGAGGGAGGGCUUCAGUUCCCAUCUCUGGUUCUGGAUUCAGAGUCGGACUGAGCACAAACAAGACUGUAUUUCAGGGUCAGUGGACUGAAUUCCCGGAAGCACGGCAGGGAGGUUUCCGCAGAGCCGCUCUCCAGAGCUCUUCUGUGGGAAACCUUGUGCAUUGGGCUCGGAUGUUUAACAAUCGGUCACAUGACUGGAGAUAAACUCAAAUAAAGCUUCCAGCUGACGUCUCUCAGGAUCCAUGAGUCAGGAUUUGAUUUCAUGACAUAUCAUUCAGCUCUCUGGUGACUUCUUCCUGUUUGAAUUCAUUAGUCAAUGUGCCAAACCACUGGCAUCUUUUGCAGACGAGUAGCAUGUGUCCUGCUGAAGCCUGCGCUGCUGUGUUUGUGCCAGCAGAGGGGGAUGUGUCCUGGAUGUCUACUGACGCCAUGUGUGGCGUGACGUCUGGUAGCACAGAAAGUCAUUUAGACUCAUCCUUCAGUUCAUGAAAACAAACAAAAGUAGUGUUCACAGCAAUGCGAUUACUUCUAAUGAGCAUCUAAACACACUAGAGCCACGUCGUACGUCUAAAAAUGUGUGCUAUUCGAGCGAAAUGUGUCUAAAUCAUCUGACUCUAGAGUUGUAGGAGUCACUGACGCAGUUCCUGUGUUUGGAUUUGCGUCUGUGCACUGCAAACAGCCUCGUCUGGUAACCUUGUAAGAUUUCGGAGGCCACAACUCGAUGUUUUGUGUGGAUUGUUGCAUUGAAAAUGUUCUGCUGGUUCAAGUACAGACUUUAGUCAGCAUGGCGCCAUAUUACAUUUUUGACAGGGAUGUAAAUGAGGCCGUGAGGGAGGAAAGUACAGCGUGUUCAGCGCAUUGUACUGUUAUAAUGAUUGUUCAGUUGAUAAAAUGUCUUUCCUAAAAAAACAGACAAAAA